CAACAUUUCCCCUGGAAUCGGCUACCAAAGGAGUUACGGGUGAAAAUUCUUCAGAAUCUCUCACGAAGUGAUCUUGACAAAUGCAGAUUGCUGAAUCGGGAGACAUCCGAGCUUGUUCGGUCCAAUGAACGAUGGAUGAAGAGAAGGCAGAUUGAAUACUUGAAAUGUCUUCCAAUGGAACGAUCUUGUCCUGAUUCCAGAGCAUUGGAUGCACGUUUCGUAGGCGUAUUGUAUAUUGAAGAAGGAGAACUCAAGUCGGUGGUCAGGCAUUUGAAGACGUUCACCAUGGUUCCGAGUUACCUUUCGAGGCUGCUUAAAAAGUCCAACGUUCAUCAUCUGGAGAUCGCCAAGGUCGUAGACCGAAAAACAAUGAGUUUUCCUAAAAUUAGAACAAUAAUUCCAAGUAAACUUCAGGGACCUUGGACGGACAGUCACCUGUCGUCGAUUUUGUCGAGUCUGCUGGAGACGGAUUGCCAUGUGCAUAGGCUAAUGGUAACGAAGGCAUCAAUGGCUACUGUGACGUCUUCCAUGCUUCUUCUAUUCCUUCAAGAACUCGAUCCCAUAGAAAUAUGCUUCUCCCAAGUCCGGGACUGUUCGCGGGACAAUUUCAGCCCGGAGGUGCUCACUUCAUUUUUUUCUGUCACCUGUUUGCAAGGUGAACUUAUCCCCAUAGAUGACGAGAUCCUAGCCAAGCUCACUGCCAGCACUUUCGUCAUUGGCGCUCCGAAUAUGAUCACCGUGGACGGUCUGGUGUCAUUCAUCAAG